ACCUGGAAUAUUGAUGCGAAUUCCUACUUAGCACCUUAAGGAAGAAUGAUGUACCUUUGUUUUAUUUAGAAAAGAUACCCAGGGUAUUUUUAAGGAAGGAAAUGUAUUAAAUUCCUUUGUGUAAACAGUUCCUUGACAAACUGUAUGCAUAUUAUUUCACUAUAUGAUACACGUUAUACAUUUUACAAUGUAUAAUGUAAAAAUAAAUUUUAAUGUAAUGUAAUGUAUACAUAUAUCUGUAUACAGAUCGUACAUUUGUACAUAUGUAUGCAUAUUGAUACUGGCGUACUGUGUAACUUAUGUAUGUGUAUGUACAUGUAUAAUAGGUAUAAUUAAACGUUUUGAAAAUGUCCCCUCAUCUAUAGCUUAAUAAAAAAACUUAUAUGUAAAUUAUGAUUUCAUUACAGGUUACAAGGUUUUAUUGUCUGCUGCUACUUUUAUAAGACCUCUGCUAAUACGAACAUAUGUACAUAUGUAUCAGAACGUAAUCAGAGGCGUCACUUUAAAUUAAUUAUCAUUAUCGUAGAGUUUUCCUUUUCUUUGCGAGAGACAUUCUCAAUUGUUAAUGCUGAUGAUCGUUAAUAAUACAUCGGGUUCCAUUCGUGUGUUGUGAGUCGUUAGAACCAUUUCUCACUUUGCUGAACGCUCUACGCGGCUUCCUAUAACUAUAUACAUACAUACAUAUGUACAUUCAUCAUUCAUAAUUUUGUCUGCCGAACCACGAAUUCAUUUUUAAAAUCGCCUUUUUGUGGUACACACAACAAUUGGCCAGAUGAAGUUUCGGCUUGAAUGCAUGUUUUUUGAAAGUAGCGCUGUUUUAGUCAGACUACUCUGUGGAUUUCUUAUUUAUGGUGUCCAUGGUGACAAGGUGGAAAUAAUAGAGCUAAGUAAUUGGACAAUAACUAAUCAGAAUGGCUCCAUAAAGAUUUCCAACCAAACAUUGCCAUCGGGAAUUUAUAGUGCCUUUGCACCCCGUGUGCUGGAAUCUUACAAUGACAUAGAUGUGCGUUAUUUGGCUUAUGAAAACUGGACCUAUACGAACCUCUUUCAGUUCGACUUUCGACACUACAAAAAAAGCCACAUCAACCUUACCUUCCACGGCAUUGACACCGUGGCAGAGAUCCGAUUAAACCAUCAGCUGCUGGGACGAACGGAUAACAUGUUCGUGCGCUACUCCUACGAAGUGAGUUCGCUGCUUCAAGCUGAAAACUUUUUGGAAGUGGAUAUCCAAUCUCCCAUACUAGCUGCCCUGGAGAGGGCCAAUGCUUUGAAAGAUGCUAAAAAAAGCGUACCCCCGGAAUGCCCCAAUGAGCGCUACCAUGGCGAGUGCCAUAUGAACAUGUUGCGGAAGAUGCAGGCUAGCUUUUCUUGGGACUGGGGUCCUGCAGCCCCUUCCGCUGGAAUCUGGAAGAAUGUUGAGCUUGAAAUAUAUGAGGUAGCUGUCAUUCGUGACGUGGAUGUGGAUGUCACCCACAUCAACGGUUCGCACUGGAAUAUGCAUAUUCGUUGCUACAUCGAUGCGGUUGGCCGAGACGACUUCAACGGAAGUCUUAUUCUAUACGCAGUCGAGCUAUUGGACGAACCGGUGGUAGUGGACAGAUACACAGUGAACUCCAUCAGUCAUUUGAUGCCAGUGAUUGAGUUCGAUCAAGCCGUGCCAAUUGAGAAAGUCGUUCCUUGGUGGCCACAUGGCUAUGGAGAGCAAAAACUUUAUCCACUCCACUUUACUCUAAACACAUGGCUGGGAGCUGAUGGCCCCGAGGCUCGCUCUAAGACCAAAUCGAGCAAAUCGCUUUCUGUCGGCUUUCGAACUCUUGAACUAAUCGAGGACCUAGCCCCAGAUGGCAUUGGAAACACUUUUCUUUUUCGUGUCAAUGGAGUGGAGAUGUUUAUGAAAGGCAGUAACUAUAUACCAUCCCACAUACUACCGGAAUUGCAAACGAAGAAACAGAUUGCACAUUUAUUGAGGUCCGCUAAGGGGGCUCAUAUGAACAUGUUGCGCGUUUGGGGAGGCGGUGUCUACGAAUCGGACUACUUCUACCAACUCGCCGACAGCCUUGGCCUCCUAAUUUGGCAAGAUAUGAUGUUUGCAUGUGCCAUGUACCCGGUUAGCAGGGAUUUUAUUUCAUCAGUGCGCCAGGAGGUCCGCCAGAAUGCCAUGCGGCUAUCACACCAUCCAAGCUUGGCAAUUUUUGUAACCAACAAUGAAAACGAAGCCGCCUUGGUCCAAAACUGGUACGGAACGUUUUUCGAGAGAGAACGUUUUGAGAGCGAGUAUCGGGAGUUAUAUCUGGCCAAUGUUAUCCAUGAAUUGAAACAAGUCUCACAUAGUUCUCGACCCCAGCCACUGGUUUCCUCCCCCUCCAAUGGCAAGGUCAGUGAACAGGACAACUACAUUUCUAACAACCCUCAGGAUAAUCACAAUGGGGAUGUACACUUUUAUGACUAUGCAAAGGACGGCUGGGAUCCAGAUAUUUAUCCACGUUCAAGAUUUGUUAGUGAAUACGGCUUUCAGAGUUUUCCGGGCGAAUACGCCUGGCAGCGCAGCAAGAAUGACGACGACGAUCUUCUUACCCUGAUUAGACACCGCCAGCACCAUCCCCUGGGAAAUGUUCCUGUAAUUGCAUUAAUUGAGAGACACCUUCCGCUACCGUUGCAAGAGGAUGGAAACUAUGUCAACGCAUUAAUAUACUUCAGCCAGAUUGCUCAGGCCAUGGCUACCAAGGUGGAAACGGAAUUUUACCGGAGCCUUCGUGACACCCCAGUCAAAACCAUGGGAGCCCUCUACUGGCAAUUAAACGAUGUAUGGGUUGCACCAUCCUGGUCAGGGAUUGAUUUUUACGGCAACUGGAAGAUGGUUCACUACUGGGCGCGCGAUUUUUUUGCUCCAAUUGUUAUCGUAGCCCUCUACGAUAAGCUCUUGGACUCGCUUAACAUCUCACUAAUCUGCGACCAACUAGAGGUGGACACGAGGGACCUGAAUGUCGUGGCUAAUGUACAUUUAUGGUCUCAGUUGCUGCCGCGACAUUCAACCUCCUGGGAUGUUACUCUGCGAGCUAACGGAGUGCAGUACGACAAGGUCAUUCACAUAUCCGACUUGCUGAAAGGGCAGUUUACUAGUACCAACGCAUUUCUAGAGCUUCAGUUACGCCGCGGCCAGCAGGUCAUUUCCAGGACCCACUUUUUUCCUAGCAGCAUUGCCGGAGCUGUUGGAAUCGAGAGCCCUGACUUAGAGUAUGAGAUCGCUUCCCGGACCUGUUACAAUACCACUGAUUUCAUCCGGAACAGCAUCAGUAUCAGCAUUCAGGUGAAGCGUCCAGCCCUUUUCGUAUACCUUGAGUUGCUAAAGCCAUACCGCUACACCCUGUCCGAGAACGGAUUUAUGCAAACCGUGCCAAUGCAUGUCGUCUACCUUACGUUCGACGCACCCUUGUGCGCCUGGCUUUUACGCAAGACGGACAUCCGGGUGCUUUCCGUGAACGACUUUAUGAAAUGAAAGAGCGACUCGUUUUCCUUGGAAAAUUUAAUUAAAAGAUUAUAAAUAGCUUAAGUGUAAUCAAAUCAAUAAAUAGCAUUAGCCGUUUAUCACCCAA